AUGGGUGACCGCAAGAUCCAGGUCACCAGCGGCCAUAGAUGUGAGCAGGUGAUUGGGGUCCGAAACAAGCCCAGUGCUUUGUUUAGAUACGGCUUGAGAUUCCUGCUUCAGCAAGUCCACCAAGGUAUGGCAGAAUACACUCUUUCCAAACUUCCCGCAUCUCGCAUACACUCUGUAUUCAGAUUGCCAGCAAAGAAAGUGCCUCUGUGUUCGUGGCCCAGGCCCGUUUUCCUUGGUGAGGCUGAUAUUCGCCGUUGGCAAUGUCCUUUCGCUUCGUCUCGGUAUCCUUGUUUCCUUCGCAAAGCCGCUGCUGCUCAACAAAGCAGCACCAGCAACGGCAGAAUCGACAACGACAACCACAAAAGUUUUGGCGGGAGCGUUGAUCGACACACACGACCAUCGCUUUCCUCUGCCCAGUCUGCCGGUGUUUACCAUGAAGCUGUCAUGGCUGCGAGACCGAUCACCCCUCAGGAGUCGCUGGGCGAGGAGUAUCUGCAACAUGUCGACAGCGAGCAUCCUAUCGACGAGCUCAUCCGUGACGCCUACAAGCGGCACGAGCACACUCUCCAGAGCGCCAGCCAUGAUCUGGGCACGGCAGCUGCCCGCUACCGAGAACGACGUGGUCGCCAUCCGCCACCAGGCUUCGAUCUGUGGUUCGAGUAUGCACAGAACCACAGCGCCAUGGUUGUCGAGUCCUUCUUUGAUAGGAUCGACAAGGACAUCGCGCCAUACUGGGCUCUCGAUCCAGAGCAGACUGCAUUAAGAGCUUCCACUUGGCUCAACACUGUCCGGGUUCGCAAUGGUGUUGCCGCGGGCACCGGUCCCAUCAAGAAAUGGGCUCCGCCAUGGCUUCAGCUCUGGACGGACCUCAUAAACGAGGCUGCGCCACACCUGCCGGAUGUCGACAUGCCAUUCAACUAUUACGACGAGUCGAGACUUCUCGUGCCAUGGGAGACCAUGGAUGGCCUGAUCAAGCUUGGAAACGACGGCAAGGUUAUGCCUCCAGUCGAACAAGUCUCCUCGGAGUUCUCGGGGCUCAAGGCAGUGGACCGCGUACGGGAUCAGACCGACAUGUAUGAGCCCAAGUGGCUCACGCGGAAUAUUUGGGACGCCGUCAGGGCAACGUGCCCACCGGAGUCGCCAUCGCGUCAUGUCAAACAAUACGAUGCCAUGUGGGAGCGUCCCAUAUUCCCCGAUAGAGAUCAACACUUUCACCACAAGGGUUACGUCCGCAACUUCACCGCCGCGAUGGACAUCUGCACCCAGCCACACCUCCGAGGACUCCACGCUACCUUGAUUGAGCCCCAGGCGAUGCUGACUUCGCAGGAGAUGAUCCCCCUCUUCGGAGGCUGCAAACUGCAGUCGAACAAUGAGAUUCUGAUCCCUGGAGCCAUGUAUCUGGCCGAGUCUGCGCACUUCCGCGUGACGGGGACACCCAGAUACAGUGUUGCGAACUCCUGGAGCACCCCAUGGAGCGGCAAGCAAGCGCGGGCGGUGUGGAGAGGCAUCUCAUCCGGCGGCAACGCCACCGAGGAGAACUGGACGCACUCCCAGCGCAUGCGUGUAGUCGAGAUGCUUGAUGGACGCAAAGUGGCUGCCAUGGAGGCACGAGAUGGCAUCCCGGCUCAGACGUUUGAACUGCCCUCGGCGGAGCGGUACCCGCACGUGAUGAGGUCGCACAACACAGGAAUUGGCAGCUGGAUCGAGUCCGUUGGCGAUGUCGGAUUCACGCAGCUGACGUGUGUUGAUGGCACAGAUGACCAGUGCGGGUAUAUGCAGGAGACCUUUCCAAAGGCCAAGAAGUUGUCGUUCCACAAGUACUUUGACUACAAGUUCCUGCCCGACAUUGAUGGGAACAGCUUCAGCGGCCGGUUCCGGAGCUUCCUACAGUCGACGUCGCUGCCGGUCAAAGCCACUAUAUAUGCCGAGUGGCACGAUGACCGCUUGACCCCGUGGCUGCACUUUGUGCCGAUGGACAACACGCAGCAGGACCUGUACGGCAUUCUCGACUACUUGACGCGUGAUGCCAAGGGCGACAAAGCUGCACAGAUGAUCGCCGAGCAGGGAGCUGCGUGGGCGGCCCAGGUGCUGCGGAGGGAGGACAUGCUGCUAUACACGUGGCGCGUGCUGCUGGAGUGGGCGAGAGUGGUGGAUGUAAAGCGUCACCGGCUUGGCUUCGUAGGGGACCUGGUUGAUUGA